AUGGACAAACUCGCGAAAGAUGUUGGCGGCCCGAUCGAUUUGCUGAUUCAGAAUGCAGGGUAUUUCAUGGAGGGCCAGGAGACAUUGGAGAACUUGAACGACAAGGAAGAAUUGAAACAAAUCGACAUUUGCGCGCUUGGGCCCUUGAGGGUCACGUCGGCUUUGUACAAAAAUGGACUGCUGAAGAAUGGGAAGGUGCUGAUCAUUACAAGCCAAGCGGGCUCUGUGGAGUGGCGCUUCACACAGAACCAGAAUGAAGGUGGCGAUUAUGGCCACCAUAUGAGCAGAGCUGCAUGCAACAUUGCAGCAGCUCUCAUGUCUGAAGAGCUAAAGCAGGCAAAGAUUCCGGUGACUUUGGUGCAUCCUGGUUUCAAUCGCACCGAAAUGACGUCCAAGUAUGCCGAGAUCUGGGAAAAAGAGGGAGCUGUGGAUCCAUCUGUGGGAGCCAAGCGCGUGCUGCAUGAGGUGCCGACAAUUUUCAUGUGGAAUGCUGUGCAUCACUGUCCCAAGUGUCCAGCGUUUGGCCAUCGAUGGCCUCUCUAUGUUUAUGUUCGAUACAUUGCCGUACCCUUGAACUCUUUUAGGGACUUGUGUAUUUCUGAUCGCGAGUUGAGUUGA